AUGGCAUCAUCGCUGCCGACGCAGCUGGCAGAGACCAUCCAAACCGCACACAUCAAACGUGAACCGUCGCCCUCGCACGACAUCAACCCCUCCACCGCAGCCGACAAGGUCGAGCCUCUUUCGGCCAGCGAGAAGCAUCACGAUGACGUCGGGAGCAUAGACGGCAUCUCGGACCCGGAGCCGCUGCAUGUCGACGAGGAGGAGGAGGAUGAAGACGACGAGGACGACGAGGACUUUCAUGCGCUCAACCGCCGGAGGCGGAGGGCCAACCUCCCGCCCAUGCCGGAUUUGCGGUUUGAGCAGAGCUAUCUCAGAAGCAUAUCCAACGCGAAGACGUGGUACAAGGUUGCGUUCAUUACGGUCUGCGACCAGGUUAUGAUGCCCUUGCUUCAAGGAACGCUUUACAAUCUGGCAUGGUGCGGAUGGCAGUACUGGAACAAGACGGCUCAAAUACACGGCUCAACGGCCGGGGCUAGGUUGAGGCGGUGGUGGUACGGGGUCAACAACUGGAAGAUUCCUCCCGAGAGGAGGAGAAGGUAG